AUGAACAUUGUUCAUUUCCCUUCUCUACCAAGCGCCAGUCGAGAACUGACUGCCAUGGACACUCCGAUGCAUGCGAUUAACGAGUCCAGCCUCUUGCUGGGCAAUGCCACGGGCGACGCACAGGUGCUGGGGCUGCCUCUUAACUGGGUGGAGACCCACCGCGCGUCGAGUCUGCUCAUCGCCUUUGGCUGCUGCGUGCUGGCGACUCUUCUGAGUGUCUACAACAUUGUGCAGCACUUGGCGCACUAUUCACGGCCGCAACUACAGCGUUAUAUUGUGCGCAUUUUGGUAAUCGUACCAGUCUACGCGAUGGGCUCGCUGCUGUCGCUUAUGUUCGUAAACCAGGCGCUGUACUUCGACUCGAUCCGUGACUGCUACGAGGCCUUCGUGGUCUACUCGUUCCUGGCUCUUGUGCUGAGCUUCGCAGGCGGAGAAUCCGUCUGUGUGCUGAAGAUGCAAAGCGAGCCGGAUAUCCGCCACCCGUGGCCUAUUAACCGCUGCUUUGAUCCGCUCGGACGCGAUGGAAGACUGCUGAGACUGUGCAAGCGCGCCACGAUCCAGUUCGUCUUCAUCAAGCCCAUCUUUGCAGCGUUGUCUCUACUCAUGUUGGCCUGUGGCAAGUACCACACACUGGCCUACCAGUUGAUUCUCGCAGUGGUCUACAAUAUCUCUUAUUCUCUGGCCCUAUAUGGCUUGUACAUCUUCUACCUCGCCACGAGACACAUCCUGCAGCCAUUUAACCCCGUGCUCAAGUUCUUCGCCGUAAAGAGCGUCGUGUUCCUCACCUUCUGGCAGAAUAGUCUACUGGAUUUUAUCCCAGGCAUCACCAACGAGCAGACUUUUGCCUGGAAGGACUUUAUCCUCUGUGUCGAGAUGGUUCUGUUCGCCUUCGUUCACCUGCUGGCCUUCAACUCGAGCCAAUUCAAGAAAAAUCUCGACCGACUACCGGAUUCCGAGGUGCUGAAUAAUAUGAAGGAGGUGCUAAGUCUCUCGGAUAUUCUAGCAGACGCCUACCACAACUUUAUGCCGUCAUACAAAGAUUACAUGCUGCAACGCGGAGGUGAGUCCACUGGACGUGCUCGUAAAGGCCCCAACGCGACAGGUUUUGGCGACACUUCGUCGUCUGAAGGAAGUCCGACGCCCAUGGCACACAACAACGCGCGUGUCCCGCGUUUCGUCAUUGACGACGAGGACGACGACGAGAUGGAGGAGAUCGAUCUCGAGGCCAGCGCCAGCACCGUAACAGCCACUUCAGCUGCAUCUGCGAAGGAUAAGCUACCGGAGCUCAGAUUACCAGAAAGGGAGGAGGUCGACAGUAGCGAAACUGGUGCCGACGUCGUAAUGGCCAACCCGCAGGAUGACGAUCAAGUCAAAGCUGCUGCUGGCAUUAAAGAUGCUGCUCUCGAGGAAGGUGUCAGUGGUGACCAGCAGCCAGCAGCAGACGAUGCCGAGCCGGUAGAUCGGCCGACUCGGCAGCGAUCCAAUAGCUCCCCCACAUUUGCCAGUGCUCAUGAACGCACGCGGUAUAGCGAGGAGAGUGCAACUCUAUAG